UAUUAAAGACUGUGAUUGUAAACAAAUCACAUUCAAUGCGAGCUGUUAAGUUAUGACAUUAACCAACUAGAACUUGCUCAUUUAUAGCUUUUUAGUUAUAUAAAUUAAAAAGCUAUUUGUAAUACGUGAUGGCUGUAGUUUCUGAAAUACUUUACGAUAAAUGGAUUUUACUUUGGGAGAGUUUUCUUCAAACAAUCGAACCACACUUACCUGAGCAUUUGCAUUGGAAUGAAUUAUGCUGGACAUUUGUUUACUAUAUGGCUGAGUUACGACUCUUCAUUCACAGCAAGACACGUGGAUUAGAAAACUGGGAGAUUGUUGUAAACACUGCAAUCGUAUGUUUUGGGAUGUUUGUAGUGCUUGAAGUUUUAAGAAUUCUUGUGCCUUUUAUUUUUUUUAAUGAUGAAGGAUUUUUCAAUGUCAUGAAACGCUUCUUUUUCAAAAAACUGCGUUGUUUACCAUUUGUUGGAACUAAGAUUCAACACCAAAUUGAUAAAACUUGCAAAGAAAUUGAAGAAACCUCUUUUUUAACAAAUGGUCUUCCUUAUGUAACAAAGUUACCAUUAAAUGGACUUUCCCCGGAAAAUAUUCAAAGUGAAAUAAAGAAAUAUAAAGAAAUAAAUGGAGAUGAUUGUUGGAUGAAUGGAUAUGUUUCUGGUACUGUAUAUUCAUCUGAUACUGUACUGUCAAAUUUAAUGACCAAGGUCUAUGCUGAGUAUACAUGGUCAAACCCACUUCACUCUGAUGUGUUUCCUGAUGUGCGUAAAAUGGAAGCUGAGAUAGUUAGCAUGUGUAUUAACAUGUAUAAUGGUACUCCUGAAUGCUGUGGAAUGAUGACAUCUGGAGGAACUGAAAGUAUUUUAAUGGCAGUAAAAUGUUAUAGGGAGAUUGCACGAGAGAGAGGAAUUCGAUAUCCUGAAAUUAUUGCUCCUGUUAGUGCUCACCCUGCUUUUGACAAGGCAUGCCAAUACUUUGGAAUCAAAUUAACUCAUAUUCCAGUGGACAAGACAACGGGAAAAGCAAAUGUUAAAUUGACAAAAAAAGCAAUUGGAAGAAGAACUAUAUUGCUUGUAGGUUCAGUACCAAGUUAUCCUCAUGGAUGUAUAGAUCCUAUUGAAGAGCUUGCUACAUUGGCACAAAAAUAUAAAAUCUAUAUGCAUGCAGACUGUUGUUUAGGAGGUUUUUUGGUUCCUUUUAUGAAGAAGGCUGGAUUUCAGGUCCCAGCUUUUGAUUUUUCAGUUGCAGGUAUAACAAGCAUAUCUAUUGACACUCACAAGUAUGGCUAUUCACCUAAAGGCUCCUCCGUUAUUUUGUAUAGAAACAAAGAAAUUAGAAGUCAUCAGUACUUUACACAGCCAAAUUGGACUGGUGGUGUUUAUGCUUCUGCCUCUAUGCCAGGUAGUCGUCCUGGUAGUAUUAUUGCUACUACAUGGGCUGCAAUGAUGUAUCAUGGAGAGAAAGGUUACAUUGAAAGUACCAGAAAAAUUAUAUCAACAGCAAAAAAUAUUGGAACAAGAAUUGAGCGUAUACCUGGAAUAAAGUUAAUGAGUGCAGUCGAUGUAUCAGUGGUUUCCUUUACUUCUGAUAUUUUUGACAUUUUUUUGAUGUCUAACGAACUGAAAAAGAAAAAAUGGCAUUUGAAUCCUUUACAGUUUCCAUCUGGAAUCCAUAUAGCUAUCACAAUGCGUCAUACAAAAGAUGGCGUAGCAGACCGAUUUGUUAAUGAUAUUAAAGAAGUUGCCGCACGCCUCAUAAAAAAUCCAUCUGAAAAAGCUGAAGGCCAGGGUGCAAUUUAUGGAUUAUCUCAACAAAUUCCUGAUCGCUCUAUUAUAACAGAAAUAACAACAGCCUUUCUUGAUUCAUACUACAGUGUUUCUUCUGGAUUGAACACUAAUAAUGUUCAAAAAAAUUCAACUUAAUAUUUAUUUGUAUUUAACUUUUUAUAGAAUGUAAGCAGUUAUUGCGUAAUGCUGUACUGUUUUUAUCUUAAAACUGAUAAAAACAUCUAGCGCCAAUUUUUUGAGCAAAUUAAAGUUACAGUUAAAUACAAUUAACUCUGACCUCCAUGAGACCCAGUUAAAUAGUUCAAAUAUUAUGUUUAAUCAAAAAUUAAAAGUUUCAACAGUUGUGAAGGAAAUUAUAAUAGAAAUUUGAGCUAUUUGGUUUUCGAGUUAAACUUUCUCUGUACUUAUAAUUUUACGAAAUCUUGUAUUGACGCUAUUUGCUCUUGUAUUGUUGACUGUUCAUGUUAUUGUAAUUCUAGGUUUAGGCUUUGUUCUAUUAAUUUACUAUAUUUAUUAGCUUUCUUAUUAAUCACUGAAUUUUGUUGACAAUCUUUUCUAUACUUGAAAAAUCAGUAAAAAGUUGUAUUAAAUAUGUUUAUGCUUUGUAGCCAUUUAUUUAUUUUUAUUAACUGAUUUUAUUUUAUUUUUUAUACAUAUUUUUAAAGUUUAUGAACUCUGUGUCAAUAGCUAGAUUAAAUAUAUGAAAUUUUUGUUUG